CACUCGCCACUCGGACCUGCGGCCGCCUCGGAGCCCUCCGCUCCUCCCUGCCCACCCGCAGCCCACCAGGCCCGCCGCGAUGCGCCUUUCCCGGGGCUGGGGCCUGCUGGCCGCCCUUCUCAUCCUCUCCUGCCGCUCAGGGUCGGGGGAUGAGGAGUUCGGGGUGUCCGUCUGGCCCGUGCAGGUGGCGGUGGGGCCCACGGAGUCCUGGGUGAUGAACUGCAGCACCAGCUGCCCGCAGCCCGAGGACGGCGGCCUGGACACCACCCUGAGUCAGACGCUGCAGGCGCGGGGCGCCCAGUGGAUGCAGUACCAGGUGGCCAACGCGUCCCACGACACCGUGGUCUACUGCCGCUUCACCUGCUCCGGGCAACGGCGCUCCACGGGGCUCAGUGUCACCGUGUUCCACCCCCCGAAACUAGUGCAGCUGAAGCUGAAGCCGUCGUGGGUGGUGGCGGGCAGCCCCUUUGCCCUGGAGUGUCGGGUGCCGGCGGUGGCCCCCCUCGAGAGCCUCACGCUCACCCUGCUGCACGGGCACCAGCCCCUGCACAGCCAGACCUUCCGCCAAGGAGCCCCGGGCCCGCAGGAGGCCACGGCCACGCACCGCGCCACGGCCCGCAGUGAGGACGCGCACCACAACUUCUCCUGCCUGGCCGAGCUCGACCUGCGGCCUGUAGGGGGCGGUGUUGUCCAGGGGCUCUCCGAGCCCCAGGUGCUCAAGGUCUACGAGCCCGUCCAGGACAGCCAGCUGGUCAUCCUCAUCGCCGCCGUGUCCGUGCUGCUCUUCCUCUUUGUGGCGGCCGUGCUGCUCUGCUUCGUCUUCGGCCAGCACUGGCGCCAGCAGCGGACGGGCGCCUACGGCGUGCAGGCAGCGUGGCGGAGCCUGCGGUGGCCCUCCCGGGCAUAGCCCCUGUGAGCGGCACCGGGACCGGGCCCUGGCUGAGGGGCUGUCACCAGCAGCAGAGGACUCUGGGGACGUGAUGACUCUCCUCCGAAUACAAGCCCCGUUUGGCUCCGUGGC